GAAGAAGAAGAAGUAGUUGAAAUUCGCAAUGCCAACCACUUGUAAAAUUAAUUUUGAGAACAAUCCACAGAAGAUUUUUUUGUCUGGUCAGAAGCUACAUAUCACAGUGCGAUUGAAAUUGACAGAAGAAGUGAAAGUUCGUGGUGUUUACAUUCACUUGCGUGGAAUGACGCACGCGCGUUUCAUCAUGGAUGACUUUCGCCGAGCCGGACACUAUGCAACCGAUGAGGAUGUCUUGGAUAUGAAAAAGUGUUUAGUAGAUGGAAAUGGUGAAAAUCAAGUAUUGCCUGUGGGAACGCAUGAUUAUAGUUUCGCAUGUACCUUACCCAAUGACUUACCGUCAUCGUUUACUAGCAAUCUUGGUUACAUAAAAUACUCUGCGAACGUAGUUCUUCGGAUACCAUUUUGGCCAGAUAAGAAAUUCGAAGAGAAAUUCACCGUCUUCAAGACAGUCAAUUUGAAUGAUUAUCCUUCGUUACGAUAUAAAAUAUUGUUCAUUUAUCAGGAUGAAGUAUCAAGCCAAAAAACAGAAAGGAGCUGGCUAAUUGGCGGAGGACAAUAUUAUUCACCGGGAAUAAUUAGUAUUUCAGGUCGUAUUCCAGCCGGUGGAUACACUCAUGGUCAGCUUAUUAAUGUUCAAGUUUCAGUUAGUAAUGAAACUUUCUAUCCGAUACAAUAUUUUCUCUUAUAUAUUCUGAGACAAACGACUUAUCAUCAUAUGUCAACGUACAGUGAAAAUCAAAGAACCAAACUCAAUAUUGUACAAAAGCGGACUAUGGCCAAUUGGAAAUGUGAACAGAAUAAAUAUAAAAGUUUUCCAGCUGAAAGUAUUCAAGUACCAGCGAUGAUCCCACCAACAAAUGAGACAAGCAAAAUCAUCAAAACUAGAUAUUUGGUUUCGAUAAGAGCCAUGUUCAAUACCCGUUGUGGUUGUAUUGGUAUGCUUGAUUUACCAAUAACGAUAGGAACUAUACCGUUUGGAGGUAGUACAUCAACCAUGAUCACCUCCCCUCAGACAAGAACCGUUUCUAGUGCUCCCUCUAUUGCUAUAGCACAUGAUAUUUCGCCAUCGGAAUCUUUGGCUUCAGCAUUUCCAGACGAUGACACAGUAUCGAUUCGAACUUAUACCAGCACACCACCUCCAUUCCCCGACGAUGCAGAUUUUGAUCUCCCAACCUACGAAGAUGCUUUACUAAUGGAUGAAGAAAUCGACCUCAAUCUGCAGAGUAUUGGAGACUCAUUUGCCCAACUGCAUGUCAAAUCAACGAAAAAAUAACAGGAGAAAAUCUAAAGAUUUCACCCACUGUGUUCGGCUUUACAUUUCAAACGUUUCGUCGUACGAUUAGAUUUAAGUAAGAAAAUCGAAGAGACUUUUUCUGUUAACCAAUAUGAUACCUCAUCUAUUAAAAAACAUUUACAGUAUUUUAUUGCGUUAGAGAUGAAUAAAUGUAAUGUA